CCUCUAACGGUCCCCAAUGGUUUAGACCAGUUGAUCUGCGACGCACGUGUUUUGGGUACUCGCGUGUUAAGAGAGCACACCAAAGUUUCAUCUUCGACUAAAAAGUCGGGAACGUUCUGUAGUUCUUUGAUUUUGUGGUUAGUAAAAAAGACAACAUGCCUAAAUCCUUUCUCGUGAAAAAGGCGAAGCUUCGAGACGGUCAAAGUGAAGAUGCAAACACCGCAAAAUCAGGUAGGUUAAAGAGAUACGCUUUCCUGAUUUUCUUACUUAGUAAUUAGACAUUACGUUUGGUCGACUGUUCAUUGCUUGCACAUGUAUAUAAACAGUCAUAUCUUUAGCUAUUCGUACCGUUAUGAGUUUGGUUUAUCCGAUCUACUUUCUGUAAUCACAACGAGGAAUAUUUGCGCAGCGAUUAUUCAAUCGUUAAAACAUUUCUUUUGACGAUGCUAUUACCCAGCGGAAAGUAUUCCAGAAAAUAUUUAUGCUGAGUUCAUAUUUUUCCUUGAGGGCAUAGAGGUCACGAAAAACUGAACUCGAACAAUAGCGUUUAGUAUAUUUUCCUCGACUGUCUCGAUUUAAUGUAUACAUAUCAGACGUAGAUUUUUCAAUUGCAAAUAUUCAAGUUUCUUCCGACAGAAUCUCCCAAAGCACUAUCGUAACAGCGUUGUAUCUUUUCUGGUAUUUGUUUCUAGGAACGGUGUGGAAAUAAAUUAGAAUCAGCCAUAAUGCGGUACCAAAAGUUAUUAACAGGUUGUGCUAACACGAUCCCUUUUUGUUCUGUGACCAGAAAACAAAGGGCGAGCGCUUGCCAAAGAACACAACGGAGACGCACCACCCCAGGGGUUAUAUUCUGUUGGAUAUAAGUCACUCGUCACGGAAAUUUUCUGUUUUGAUUCGCGCUAUGUAACUCGUGAGGCAGUUUAAAGGGAAAUUUAAGAACCUUCUGCUCUGGAGAUAUUUCGUUUUGGUCGGGUCCGGCGAUGGAUUGUAAGCUUUUGUAAAUGAGCAGGACAAAAGUGCAAAUUGGAAAACCUUUCUUCAAGUUAAUUGACAAACGAAACUUAAUAGUUCUUUUCAAUGGGCUUUCAUAUUCAAAUGUGAAGUAAAGUUAGUUACAUAAAAAAGCUAAUGGAAAUUGCUAUUGACAUCUCCAAGCUUGUUUUGUUUGCUCACGGAUAUAACACGAGUUUUCAAAGAGUUCAAAACGAGAAAAAUCGGGCCGGAAACCACACAGCCUUUGUCUUGGUCGAAAACUGUAAUUUAUACUAAAGUAGAGUAAUUUUCGUUUCGCUACUAAGACCCAAACCGGAACUUAUGACGGUAUUGAACUCGCCAUUCAAUUACAAUUUUGAACUGCAAUUAAAAACAAUUGAUUAAAGUGUUUAAAAUCUACGGACAAUUUCAAAUUAAUAAACUUUGCAAAAUCGUUACGUGCGACCAUAUUUUAAGCGACAGUUUAUUCCGAAAAAUUAUUCCUUGACGCUGCUAAAAGAAUUUUUAAAAUGCUAGACAUUCGCGUGUUUUCUGAACAAAGAAAAAAACGGGCGGUCGUAGAUAAUCCCUCUUUGCGACCUUGUUUUUCAAGGUGUUAUCUGGCAACACAAGAUUUUAGUUCAUUUAGGGUCAAAAGGGGCAAACUAACACUAAAACUGGUCACGAAAAUUGGUACGUAGGACACGAAAACCUAGCGUCAACUCUGUCCACAGCUGGUUUCAUCGACAACAACCUGAACAGCGCUUUGUUUAGAUGGAAAACGCGUAUUAGGCAACAUUAAUAAAGCCAAAUAGCCUUUCAUUAGUAAAAAUUUGUUAGGCUCAUACAUCGACCAGACAGUUUCAAAUCCAAUUGAAACCUUUUUUCUCGAAACCAGUGUGAUAAAAUUCGUCAAAACAUCAAAUACUUUCAGGCAAAAUUCACGGCAUAAUCGGCUUAAGGGUGAAACUGUUUUGUCCGAAGUUUUUUUAGAACGAUGCCAACUCAUGUAUGCAUGUCUAUUACACUUUGUGCUCGGUAAAAGUUGAGGAAUAGGUGAGUUGAUGAGCCUUAACUGAUUUGGCUUUCAAAUCUUUUGCAUGAGUUGUGUUGUUUGUUAAUUUCACCACCAAAACUGGUUUUCUAGCACAAGGUCUUCGGGUGGAUGUUUUUGUCAAUAACUUUAUGAUUCCGUUAUACUUGAGACAUGCCGCGUCAUGUUUAAUGAAGAUCUCAGGGAUCAGUAAGUGCUAUUUAUUGAUAACUGUACUAGUGGGUAUGACUAACAACAUUUUGCGCUGAUACGAGACUGCUAAGUCCUGAAGUAAACCUCUGUUCGUUGCUAUACUACAGUAGUUAAGUUUUGGGUUGGGCUUAUUCGGUCUCGACACAUACAUAUGGCACUGCUGAACUCUACAGGGCUGUCUUUUUACAUUUGUGGAAUGUUGAUUUAUUUGUAAUAUUUAAUAGUAAAAUGAAUGACAACAAAGGCAUGCAUUUGAAUAAUCACCUUAAGGGUUCAACCGAAAUCAAUGUGAAUAUGCUUUUAUACUUUUGAGUAAUCGGAUGAAAUUCUACAGUGUUAAGAUCCAAAACAGUAGUUUUGAGAGGCAAUUUUAGUGUUCGAUGCCUAAUUUUUUAAUUUUGCUAACAAAUAUGUGACAAAAAAAUCAUUCUUUUAUUGGCAGUUUUAAGUGCUCUGGUUAAGCAUGCCUGAUCCUUACGUGUUAGCUGAUUAGCAUUUCCUUCCGUGUUUUUUUAACAUUAGUCCAUUCUUGUCUCAUUCUAAAAGUAGUUAUCUUAUUUUAUUCAGAUGUGAACAAUGAAACUCCUUUCUCGGAAGACGCCAUUCUGGAGGAUAAAUGUCAAGACACAUCAGGGCGUUUACAUGACAUUUCUGGUGAAGGCACACUGGCUAGUGCUGCGCAGGACGAAAGGGAUGCGAGAAAAGAACAGAUGCUUGACGCUGACCGCAAAAAUACUGUAACAAAGCAGGUUACAAGAAAUGAAUUUUUGCCUCGCCAUAUGUGGGUUUUCCCACCGUUACUACUUCGAGGAGCGGGGAAUCCUUAUGGUCAACUUUUUAUUCCCGCGUCCAAAUUUCAAGCAUCAAUUUCACCACAAGACAACUAUGUGACACCAGUUUUAACGAAAGAGGAGCGUCAAAAAAGAGAAAAUGUAUUUAGAUUCAGCCCUGAACGACGGAUUUCAGAAAAUAACGAACUGAGAGAACUACCUGCAUCAAGUCCGAAUAAACAUGGGUUCUCCCUGCAUCCAAAUGCAUCUUUUACCAAUUACGUUUUUCCAAGCGCGGAACGCCCCACUGUUCCCGAUCUAUUAUUUGCCCAAAAAGGGAAGAAAGGAGAGCGCUGUGGGAUCCAUCCGCUUAAUCUUCACUUUUCAGAAAACGAUUUUGAGUUAAUGAAAAGAAAAACAAUGGAGGGUGAAAGAGAACAAGUGCUGGUUGAUCCCAAACAAGGUUUCCACGUUGUCGACAAAUCACACUUGUCAAAUGCCAAAAAGCGGAGGCUAAGUGAAACUGAGACUCUUAUAAGCCAAAGUUCAAAGCGUUUUUGCCAUUCAGUAGGCAAGUGGGAUCAUGAAGAACAGAAAACCUCCGUUGUUAAAGACAACGUCUUUGUUCUUGAAAACUCGCAGAUUUCAAAAACUUCAGAAGCAAUGUGGAAGGCUGGAAAAGUUAGUACAAGUCCCGACCACUUACACGAUUCUGUAAGACGCCCUGAUGACAAUGAAGAACAAAGCCCCUCUAUAACUAAAAAAGGCAAUGUUCUUGUUCUUGAAAACUCUCCAUCUUUAGAUACGUUGAAGAGGACAAGCGAAAGCUCAGAGUAUGUUCGCAGUCCAGCUGAUGGUGACAAUAAACCUUCCCGAUAUAUUCUCUGGGACCGGGAAAUUCCUCAGAAAUCGGAUGAAAGCAAAACAGAUCAAGGUGAAGCCACUAUGAAAGAGCUUUUUACCAAGCACGUUCGGAAACAAAACGAUUCAAGUCCAGCGGGAAACGAAGCAAAACGAGAUCAUUUAAAGAACAAUUACUACCACCAGUACUACCAUCCCGAUUGGUUUGUUCCGGUGCCGCCAUAUUUGAACUCGAUUAGAGCAACAGAGAGUAAUGGAUUUUUUAGCUAUUGCGAUCGUUCAGUGAGAGCCAAGAGUAAGGCGGAAUUAAGUUCUGUAUGGUUUCCUUUUCAACUGACACCAAAAGCGGAACAGCCAAAGGUAGUAACGAAAGAUGCAAACAGAAACCACAUUUGGAACCCCGAAUUUAAGAGUGCUACUAGUCACCUGAGUAACAGUGAGAGAAAAAGGAUUUUCUUCACUAAUCAGGAAGGUAUAAACUCCAUAGACACAAGGUGGAAUCUAAAAAAUUCUAAGUUCACAGAUGAAACAUCACUCAGUCCAAUUCGUGGCAAGGAAUUCUCCAGUGAGAAGACGCGUGUGGAUAUGUCUCGGGCUGCCGAGGAACGUAUUCGAGGUCUUUCGAGGAAGUUAGAAGAAAUGUGUGCAACAGCUGAUGAACACGACUCAAUGAGUUCCUUGCCAGAUCACAGCACUGUCAACACCGCUGAGAGUCCCAGUAAAACUAAGAAAGACGAAACAGUUCAGUCAUUUGAAUAUCACGACCUUCGGAUCCCUCGUAACUACAGCCCACCAGGGAGCGUACAAAUCAGGUGCAGAUCUGAUGGCUCUCUGAUAUCUCCAAGAGAACAGCAAACAAGCUUAAAACUAUCUUUUGAGGCAAAACGGAAUGAAGGGAAAUCUCUGAGUAUUGUUGACCUUUCUGAGAACUCAAGUGAUUUCAAGAAAGAGAACGCAUUUAAGGCAUUUGAUUUUCGGAGUGCGCCUGUGGAAAAAACCGUUAGCUCUUCCGGAAAGAAAGAUUCUGGCAGACUGGUUAGUCCAGUCAGAUCCCCUGAGCAGAACUGGACAAAUGUAGCAGUGAUAGACAACAAUGAACGCCUUGAAUCUUCUCGACUUCAACAAGACGAGAAAAAAUGUGCUGUUAAAAA